AUGAAAACCUCCGACCCUCCUAUAAACUCUCUGGGGCUCGAUCUCGAAGACCCCACAGUGUCUUCAUCGUCCGACAUUCCGCACUUUAUACCCGAUCCCAGCGCAGAUGAUACUUCCCUUACUGAAAUUGCUGCUGACGAGGCCGAGAAAUCCGUCUCCGCUGACGAUGUCAAACCGCGAGACAAGAAGAAACCGUAUGUAAAUCUGGAGCGUGUGAAGACUGGAGGUAUUCCUCGAGAUAAGCUGAGUGACGAAGAGCUUGCCGAGAGAAUAAACCGCAUCAGAGAACAGAAUGAAAAGAUCAAGCAGCGACGAUUGGAUGUCCAAGCAGAUGAGGCGGCCUUCAAAAAGACGCAGGAGGUCGAACGCGUUAGGCAGGCUAAGACGCGAAGAGUGCAAGAAAGUGUCGACCGCACCCGAGAACAGAAUGCACGGCGCAAAAUGGACAAAAUCCAGCAUAGAGAGUGGGAUUCAGGGAAGAAAGGGGUAGGGGAGUGGGGUAAGUCCCAAAGCGUGCAGCCUGUUGCGACCGAGACCGUCAAGAUAUCCCCCAUCUCGCCAAGCAGACCAGAUGCUGAAAAGGGUGACGGGGACCACGUCGACACAGAGCUCUCUCCUCCAACGUCGCCGCGUUCACGAGGGAGUGGAAGAAGUAGGGGCAGAGGUGAGGGUCGGCGCGGAAGGGGCCGUGGACGAGGGCAAGGUGCAUCAAAUGAGGAUGUAAUUAAUGUACAACAAGAUUCAGAGCAAGCUGCUAGUGGGACUACAGCGGCCCCUCUCAUUACGGAUCCUGCAGUCUGAUUGUAAUAUUGUAUGCUAUACCUUUUUCUUCUGCGACGUUCUCCCGUGU